AUGUCGACACAACCCACCGCAUCGGGUAUCGUGACGGACGAGACGAGUGGGGAGCGCCAUAUUCCUGAAUCUAGAAGAGCCGAUGGCAGUACGAGGAAGGCUAUCAAAAUCCGCCCCGGCUACCGCCCGCCCGAAGAUGUCGAAAAAUACAAAAACCGCACCGCCGAGAACUUUCGCAGUCGCGGCAAAGGGCCACCCCCCGGCUCUGAGGGAUUGAAGGACGACAAGCCGGCGCAACAGUCUUCUACCGCCGCCAACAAGAACGCUAAACGGCGCGAGGCACGAAAGAAAGCCAAGGCCGCUGAGGAUGUUCCAACCGAUGCAACGACGUCCGCGGAACAACCAAAGGAAGAACUCGACCCUGAGGCAGAGAACGAGAAGAAAGUCCGGACACUGAAGAAGAAGCUCCGACAGGCUAAGGAACUGAAAGAGAAAAAGGAGACCGGCGGAUCUCUUCUGCCAGAGCAGAUUGCCAAAGUUAUCAAGAUCAAUGAAUUAAUCCGGGAAUUGGACGCGCUAGGGUUCGACGCAGAAGGCGAGCCUAAGGCCGAGGAGCCAAACGACGGCGAGAAGCAGAGCAAGGAGAAGGAGACCGGGGAAGGGAUAGCCGAGGAAGCAGAGACUGAGGAAACUACCGAGCCCGCGACAUAA